AUGUAAAUUUAUUAACCAAAAGUAAUAGAAAAAGAAUUAGAUUUGUUAUGCAGAUUAAAUCAUCCAUAACCAAUAGAAUUUGUGAUUCUAGAUCCAUAAUUAUCAAGAAAUCAGAGGCUCUUAUGCAAGUCUUGUGGUCAAUAGAGUCAAUCUAAUUCUUAGAUUAUGGAUUAUCAGUUUCUUAAAUAUUGUUUUGAUAAAUAAUAAAAAGAAUCGAUUUUAGAACAUGAGUCAAUUAUUAUGCCUCAUAUAUAAUAUUUGGAAAGCUUAUAGAACAAAAUAGAAUCUCUAAAAACAAGAUUGAUCCAAAUACUUGAUUAUUUAAUUUGGUUAACAAAGAAUUGGAUUACUAACUUAAUCGACUCUGUAAUUUAAUAUAGCUUCUUUGAAGAAUUAGAGAAGCUAAUCUCAAGGUAGAUGAAAGAAUUUGAUAAAAUAAAUCUUAUUGCUACCAUUACAAAAAUUCAUUAGGAUGGUAUUCUCAAAAUCAACCCAAAAUUGGAUUAAUUUAAAUUCUAUCCUGAGUUUAAGGGAAUUUUAGAAAUAUUUGAAAAUCUUAAUUCUUUAAUUUUCAAUCAAGAGUUGGAAUUAAAAUCCUAGCCAAUUAUCAAAUCUAAAAAUUCAUUACUCUACUCUCUCUUAGAAUAAGAGGGAGAAUAAAAUUGGUAAAUAUCUACCGAAGAGCAUAAACUAUAUUGUUGGGAUGCUUGCAUAAAAGAAUUUUUCUUAACAACCCUUAAAAUUGAAUUUACAAAAGAUAACGAAAUUUUAUACAUUAAAGACGAAUCAAUCAUACGAUGGUAAUUAUUUAAUAUAUUAAUCUAAAUAGUGAUAAAAUUAUAGACUUAUCCCAGAAACCUGUUACACUUACUAAUUUAGAGUAAAUAAAAUAUCUUCAAUGGGUUGGAGAUUAUGGAAAGAAUAACAAAAAAAUUGGCAAGUGGACAGUGAAUUGGUAGGGGGAAGUUUUGAAUAAUGUAAGCGGAGAAUACACAGAUGAGGGAAAAAAAUAAGGUAAAUGGAUAGAUUUAUUUGAAAAUUAUUCGAGGUAGAACCACUAUAUAUCUUUAUAGUGAAUCAUAGGUGUUGGAAAUAGGCGAAUAUCUAAACAAUUAAAGAUAAGGAUUAUGGAUCAGCAUUUAUGAAGAUUAAGAGAUGUAAAAAAAUAAUUUAUUAAUUAAAAGUGGAAGUGGAGAAUAUAAUUCAUAAGGUAAAAAGAAUGGAAAAUGGAUAGAAUUAAGUGAAAGAUUCUUUCGCUUUUCUUAAGUAACGUAUAAAGGUGAAUAUAACAAUGGUACAAAAGUUGGUAAAUGGGAAAUUCUAUUGGGGAAUACCAAAAUGUAAAAAAUAUGAUAUAAAGUGCUCAAUGAAUUUUCUGCAA